GGAUUUUUAAUCAUGAUGUUACGAAGGCUUCUUGUCAGCUGUUUUGCUCUUGUUGUUUUAGUUGAAGGAGGGUCUAAUCCAGCGAACAGUUCCUUACCGUGCGACGAUGGCGUACACGGAAUUGAGAUCGACUUUCCAUCGGAUGAUCAGGACUAUUACAAGUGCCAGAGCUACUCGUGGCUAGCAGCAAGAAAGAUGUCAAGUGGCAGAAAUGUGCACUACAAUGAAACUGCAAGACCUAUUCAUCAGUGCUUGAGUGUACCAAUAGUGUAUGAGAACAAGCCACCAACGAGUGGCUACCACAGAAAACUCUGGCCAGCGUAUGGUGAAUACACUUACUGUCCUCCUCAGCGGUGGAUGCACAAUCUUGAGCAUGGAGCCAUUGUGUUUCUUUACCACCCUUGCGCUCCUGCAUAUGAGGUAUUUCUUCUUAGAGAGAUCGCUAAAUCAUGUCUACGAAGACAUAUCAUCACUCCAUAUUUGGGGCUGAAGGAAGACGAGCCUCUUGCACUGGUAGCAUGGAACUAUGUUCGCUUCAUGAGCUGGGUCAAUAUCACCGAAUCAGUGUUGUGGAUACAAGCGCAUGCUUUGCAGACUUAUGAGAAGAUGGUAUACCAGAAUGGUAAGUACACUCACUGGUUGACUGAGCGAGCCCAAGUUGUGAACGGAAGCGAUAUACGAGAUUCCCUUCUCUGUCCUGAGAAACUGAUAAGCUUGCUUCACCGAAAUUACACAGCUGUUACAGACAGUUACAGUGAUAAUGCAGCAGUUGCACAUGAUGACAAUGAUAAUACAGCAGUCAUGCAAAGUGACAAUAACAGUACGACAAUAUCAAGUAUGACAGUGUCGAAUACUACAGUGUCGAAUACUACAGUGCCGAAUACUACAGUGCCAAUUUCCAAGGCAAUGUGGGGUCUCGGUAGCAUUGUUUUCAUUGUUCUUUGCAUUAUCGUUGCCGUGUUAGUGGCACGACCUAAGAGAGUGGACAAAUAUAAAGUUCGAUUUUCCAAGUUCACAUCGAGUAUGAGUGAUUCCCAUGUGCCUGUUACGAGAUUGGAAGUGAGCGCACCUGAAUCAAUAGGAUUGUUGAAACGUGAAGAGUCUGACGACACUGAAGAGGAUUAAAGCUAUAGAUCCAUGACAGUGAACAUGUUCUUUGUUUAAAUUAGGAAGAAUUAAUAUGCCAUUAGUUGUCAAUUAGA